AUGAACCGCGGCGAACCCCCAGACGACCUAUCUAAGAUUAGGGGGGAGAUCCUCAAUAGUGAUGACCCUUUCACUCUUCCACGGACUGAUACAUGUACCGAAUGCUCAUACGGGAAAGUUGACUCCUGGGUCUGGAACCUGGGGGGUUGCUCCGAGAAAUCCUUUCUUUCACGUCCACUCAGGGGGGUGCGGACACACCUGCGCGGAUUACAGGUGACAGUUACAAGAAUGGUGGGGAAGUUAACAGUACCCGACGACAUUCAGGGAUGGAUACCGCUCAAAGUAGUUCUACCUAUAGAAAGGAUCAUGAAAGAGGCGAUUAGAAUGGUACUCGAAUCCAUUUACGAUCCCGAGUUUCCAGACACAUCGCACUUCCGCUCGGGUCGAGGCUGCCACUCGACCCUAAGACGGAUCAAAGAAGAGUGGGGAACCUCUCGCUGGUUUUUGGAAUUCGACAUCAGGAAGUGUUUUCACACCAUCGACCGACAUCGACUCAUCCCCAUCUUUAAGGAAGAGAUCGGCGACCCCAAGUUCUUUUACCCCAUUUAG